GUUUUAUCAGCAGGCUUUUUUGGGCUUUUGGUUGGUUGGCCCCGAAACAGCAUCGCAUUUUAUCAAUUUUAUCAGGGGGGCUUUUGCAAAAAAUUUUAUUUUAUUGAAUUUUCAUCAUCAUCCCCUUCAUCGCGUUUCUCUUGCAUCGAAUUUUCUAGCAUCGCAUCUACAGACUCAGCACUAGAAGACGAUCCCUCGACAGAGAGGGUGUGUAGAAGGAGAAAAAUCAUGGAAAAGGCAUCGGGCGGCCAGGAUGACGUAUGGCGUCAUCUCUGUAUCCAGCCGCAGUGCGGAGCAUGUCUUGAGCCGUUUCAGCACCAGGACGAACUCAUAUCUUUGUUUCGCAGCGGCGACACCAUAGAGAUUCACGAGGCGUGUCAGUACACAUGGAUGGGAUGCUGUGAGCAAACCAACGCUCGGCACGCGACAUUCUGCAAGACUCCCUUAUGUGAGCGCUGCCGUAAGGAAGAAGAGAGCGCGACGGUGCACCGCGACUGUGUGCAGCUGUUUGUGCGCGAGUGCGAUGCACCAGACAAGUAUUUCCGGCUUUGGCGGGCAUCAGUGGCCAUGAGGCCGUGGAGAGGAUGUGUUGUCAAAGUUCCCAGAAAAAAAGGGCUUCGUGAUCUCGACAUUGCGCUUGACAGGCAGGAUCUGGCGAUGAUCAGGACCCUGAUUCCGGAAUUACGUCAUAUGGUGAUGGAGGCCAUUGGGGGGUCGGCGCGCGUAUGGCGGUACACGGCGGUAGUGGAACGCGCGAAGAGUCUGUCAGUUCACAAAAAUACGAGACAACUAGUAUUCGAUAGUACGGACUCUUUAUCGCGUACUGGGGAUUUAUUGACGGCUAAUGGUACGGGGGACAGGAGGGCGGUGGUGCAGCUGGAUCGCGUUCUAAGUUGGCGCCGUGAGAGUGGCCAGCUACGUCUCUGCAAGAGCCGGAAUUUAUCAAUUAUCCGCAUCACCAUGGACGCUUUUGGAAUUGCAGAAAUCGAAAGACUUGAUUCUUCUCAAUCAACUACCAAUCCAGGGGUGUCAGGACACGAGGUGUACAUUGUUGAGCACCCAGCCAAUCUGUCUCUGAUAGAAGCCGUGUUUGACGCUGGAUACUGUCGCUUGGAGUUUCCGGAACCUCGCCAUCUCACACUCCUCAAUGCUUCUGUGACCCCCGACGCUAGCUGGCCCAUCCAGUCGAUUCCAUCUCCACCGCCACAUCUUGGCCAACACAAUGACCAACUUGCUCCGAUUCAGCAAUUUGGCCAUCUUCAACUCGCAAGCACCAAUCAUGCAUGGGGUAUCACCAUCUUCUUCCAGAGCGGAUAUCCUGUUGCCCUGCACGCACACACACGCAGCGCCCCCACAGCGGUCGAGACGUUUCGCCGCAUCCCACAGAGCGGACAGCACAGCUGCGUUUGGCUCUAUUUUUCACUCUCAGAACAGGAUGAAGUGCUUUCUCUUAGCACCCAGUUUAUUGACGACGGCGAGGGCGAUAGCAGCAAUGGCAGCAGCCAGCCACGACCGUGCCGCUUACUUAUACGGACCAAAAUGCAAGGAGACAUCAAGCUCGGACAGCACAAGGCGAGCCCCUUUAGCAUGGUGACGAGAGAAACGUGCCGAAGGCCUCUUCUUAUCUGCAAUCAAUAUCCGCUUGGGAUGUCUGUGUACAGCGCACACCAAAUCCGCAUGUCGCGGAUUGACGACAUCUCCAGUGAAGAGGCUGACCCGUUGAUAUCAGACGGGUACCUAACAGAAGCCUCACUGGAGAAUGUCGCCACUGCAAACGUCUUUACAAUGCGGAACAGCCAGCUCUGCACAGGCAUCUUGCUACAAUACAAAAACGGCACCAGUCGCUGUCUAGGACAAUACCGGCUCGGCGUGGACCAAGUCGUCGCGUCUGUUGAGAAUCCAACGCAUCUAUACUAUGCGACCGCAACGAAGACUUAUCCAUUGCCAAUUGGCAAAUAUAAAGGCAUCGUUGUAGAGUUUGGGACGUCGCCGCAACGUACGCCUUCUAAUGACAUGUCUUCUGGAUGUAAAGCAGAUUGGAUAUCCCAGACCUUGUCGGGAUUUGCCGAGUUUUGGAUGACGCACCGGAGCUCUGCAAUGCGGUUCCGCCAAGCGUAGCUGGACAACCUCUUUUCAUCUUUUUAUUAUUUGCAUAGCCUAUGCGUAUCUGUAGCAUUUUCAUAAUUCAUUUAAUAUUAAUGAUAAUCCUUGAUACAUCACAAUGCCGUCC